AUGUCUCUUUCUUCCAAACUCAGUAUCACCGACGUCAACCUCAAGGGUGAACGUGUCCUCAUCAGAGUCGACUUCAACGUUCCUCAAGAUAAGGAAUCGAACAUUACCAACCCAGCUCGUAUCGUGGCUGCUCUUCCCACAAUCAAAUAUGCCAUUGACCAAGGUGCCAAAUCUGUCAUCUUGAUGUCCCAUCUUGGCCGACCCGAUGGAUCUCCCAACCCCAAGUACUCCCUUAAACCAGUUGCUGCCAAGCUUUCCGAACUCCUAUCUAAAGAUGUGAAAUUCCUUGAUGACUGUGUAGGAGAGGAUGUCAAGAAGGCUGUAUUGGCUGGUGAGAAUGGUCAGGUCUUCCUCUUGGAGAACCUUAGGUUCCACGUUGAGGAGGAAGGUAAAGGUAAGAAGGAUGGCGAGAAGAUCAAGGCCGACCCUGAGAACGUCAAGAAGUUCAGAGAAGAUUUGACUGCUCUUGGUACUGUUUACAUCAACGACGCCUUCGGUACCGCCCACCGAGCUCACUCUUCCAUGGUUGGUGUACAACUCCCUCAAAGAGCCGCCGGUUUCCUCAUGAAGAAGGAACUCGAGUACUUUGCCAAAGUACUUGAACACCCCGAAAGACCUUUCUUGGCUAUCCUCGGUGGUGCCAAGGUUGCUGACAAGAUUCAACUGAUCGAAAACAUGCUUGAUCAAGUCAACACUCUCAUCAUCUGUGGUGGUAUGUCAUUCACCUUCAAGAAGACUCUUGAGAAUGUCGAAAUUGGUAAAUCUCUCUUUGACGAAGAAGGAUCCAAAAAGGUUCAAUCUCUCGUUGACAAAGCCAAGAAGAACAACGUCAAGCUUGUCUUCCCUGUUGACUAUAUCACUGCCGAUAAAUUCGACAAAGAUGCUCAAGUUGGUGAAGCCACCGAUGAAUCAGGUAUCCCCGCCGACUGGCAAGGACUCGAUGCUGGACCUAAAUCUCAAGAGAUCUUCGCUCAGACCGUCGCCGAAGCCAAGACGAUCUUAUGGAAUGGUCCAGCGGGUGUAUUCGAGUUCCCCAACUUUGCUAAAGGAUCAAACGCCUUGCUCGACGCUACUAUCAAAGCUGCCAAGAACGGUGCUACGGUCAUUGUUGGCGGUGGUGAUACCGCUACAUUGGUUGCUAACGCUGGUAAAGAGAAGGAAUUGAGUCACGUAUCUACUGGUGGUGGUGCUUCCCUUGAAUUACUCGAGGGUAAGACCCUCCCUGGUGUUGCUGAGCUCUCUGAGAAGAAAUGA